AUGUCAUUAUCCCGUGGCCAAAAAUUUUUCAAGAGGUUCUGUGUUGAUGAAUUCCAAAUGGCAAGUCUUCCAUAUAGCAGCUUUCUGUCAAAUGAUCUCUUGCCAUCCCUUGGAGCAAGAAUCAACCAAGAAACAAGACUUAGAAGAUGCAUAGUUUCCCCUUUCGAUCCACGUUACAGGGCAUGGGAGAUGCUUCUGAUUGUCUUUGUUGUUUACUCUGCCUGGAUUUGCCCCUUUGAGUUUGCCUUUCUUCCUUACAAGCAAGACACACUAUUCAUCAUAGACAACAUUGUCAAUGCCUUCUUUGCCAUUGACAUCAUUCUCACAUUUUUUGUUGCAUAUCUUGAUAACCAUUCCUACCUUCUUGUUGAUGAUCCAAAGAAAAUUGCAUUAAGGUACAUAUCUACCUGGUUUAUUUUUGAUGUCUGUUCAACUGCACCAUUUCAAUCCAUCAGCCUCCUAUUCACUGAUCACAGCAGUGAAAUUGGCUUCAAAAUUCUCAACAUGCUUCGUUUGUGGCGCUUGAGACGUGUCAGUUCGCUGUUUGCAAGACUUGAGAAGGACAUUCGCUUCAAUUACUUCUGGACUAGGUGCUCCAAGCUCAUUGCUGUGACAUUGUUUGCUGUGCACUGUGCUGGAUGCUUCAACUAUCUGAUUGCAGACAGGUACCCUGAUGCGAAAUCAACAUGGAUUGGUUCUGUGUACCCAAAUUUCAAAGAAAUGAGUCUUUGGGACAGAUAUGUGACUGCCAUGUAUUGGUCCAUUGUUACACUUACUACCACUGGCUAUGGAGAUUUGCAUGCUGAAAACACAAGGGAGAUGUUGUUUGACAUCUUCUACAUGUUAUUCAACUUGGGAUUGACUUCAUACAUCAUUGGAAACAUGACAAACCUCGUAGUCCAUUGGACAAGCCGCACCAGAAAUUUUAGGGACACAGUGAGAGCAGCUUCAGAAUUUGCAUCAAGAAAUCAUCUGCCACAUCACAUACAGGAUCAGAUGUUGUCACACUUGUGUUUGAAGUUCAAGACAGAAGGAAUGAAACAACAAGAGACACUGAAUGGCAUGCCAAAGGCAAUUCGUGCAAGCAUUGCAUACCAUCUAUUCUUCCCUAUUGUCCAGAGGGUCUACCUCUUCCAAGGAGUCUCUUCUGACUUUCUUCUCCAUCUGGUUACAGAGAUGGAGGCUGAGUAUUUCCCACCAAAGGAGGAUGUGAUACUUCAAAAUGAGUCCCCCACAGACCUUUACAUGCUGGUUUCAGGGGCAGUGGAUCUCAUUCGCUGUGUUGAUGACAAUGAUCAAUUUCAGGUUCUGAAGAAGACCAAUGCAGGGGACACGUUUGGAGAGAUUGGAGUGUUAUACUGUAAACCACAACCUUUCACUGUUCGAACCACUGAGCUUUCUCAAAUUUUAAGACUCAGCAGAACUUCCUUGAUGAACUCCUUACAUGCAUAUCCAGAAGCAGCACAAAUCGUAAUGAAAAAUAUCUUCAUGAGGUUAAAGGGGCAUGAAGGCUUGGAUUUUGAAUAUUCACCAGGGGACCCUCAAAUGCAUGACUGGGUCAACACAGGAGCAAGCUUUCCUGAUUCAUAUCCAAAUGAUUCACAUGGGGAUCAAAAAGGAGAUAUUCAUGCUACUUUACAUGAAGCUCAUCCUGACAGGGAAGAAAAUGAACAGAACCAAGACCCUAUAAGAUGGAAACAGAAACCUCUUGCAGACCAACAACAAAACAAGAGUCUCCCUGACCUUGCAAUGAAUCAUGAAAAUAAGAAGGUAUUAGAUGAACAUAUCAUAGAGUUUUUGGAGUCAGAAAUCCCUAUCAACUACCCUUUAGGAAAAAUAUACACAAACUCUUAUUCAAGUACUUCUUCCAACCAUAGAACUCAGAGAGAAACACAAAGAUCGUUCAAGAAAAGAGUUACCAUCCACUUUCUAAGCAAACACAAAACUACCUUACAGGAACAACAUGCCAAGUUGAUAAUCCUACCUGAUUCAUUAGAAGAGCUGCUCCACAUUGCAGGAGAAAAAUUUGGAGGUUCCAAGCCUACAAAAGUAAUUAGCAAAGAGAAUGCAGAAAUAGAUGAUAUUAGUGUUAUUAGAGAUGGGGAUCAUCUAUUCUUUCUUUGCAGUGACAGUGAAAGAUAUGAAACUAACUUGUAA